GAUUAUUAUCGCUUCGAUACUUUUCGUAAAACUCUAGAAAUUACGUUCUUUUCAACACACGCUUCCGGUGAGAGUACAUGUGGGGUGUAUUUGGUAACCCCUGAGUGCUAAAAUGAGGACAAUCAACUCCAGUCAAUGUGUUAAAAUACCGAAAGGGAUAAAAGCUUCGGUUAAAGCGCGUAUAGUAAAAAUAACUGGAGCUAGAGGUUGUUUAGUCCGAAGCUUUAAACAUCUUGCUUUGGAUAUGUAUAUGGUCGAUAAACGUACGUUAAAAGUAGAAAAAUGGUUUGGAGCAAAAAAAGAGCUGGCAUCUGUACGUACUGUUUGCAGUCAUAUUGAAAACAUGAUUAAAGGUGUGACGUAUGGAUUCCAAUAUAAAAUGCGUGCAGUUUAUGCUCAUUUUCCAAUUAACUGUGUAACAUCCGAAAACAAUACUGUAAUCGAGAUACGGAAUUUCCUUGGAGAAAAAUAUAUUCGACGUGUUCAAAUGGCUCCUGGGGUGACUGUAGUAAAUUCUACUGCACAGAAGGAUGAAUUGAUUGUAGAAGGAAAUGACAUAGAGGCUGUUUCUGGUUCAGCUGCCUUGAUUCAACAGUCAACCACAGUUAAAAACAAGGACAUCCGUAAAUUUUUAGAUGGCCUUUAUGUAUCAGAAAAAACUACAGUUGUGAAAAAAGAGGAUUAAAUACAAAUAAAAGUCGCUCAAAUUUGAU